AUGGAGUACGUCGAAAGAUCUCAUAGGAAACGGAGAUAUAAUAAACUUGAAAAUACGUUUGUAAAUACGAAAUAUGCUGACUCACAUCUCUCGACCAGUCCUUCACUUACGAAAGGUCCUACUAUUCCACAAAAGUUAAUAUCUUGGCCCGUGUUUGAUCCACAGAAUAUAAAUAUUUGGCUGGAAAAGCUGCAAGGAAUAAAGGAGUGUUUCGAAUUAGACGAUACAACAUUUAUCUCCACACUAAAGUUACAAUCAGAUAUAGAUUUAGUAAAAAGAAUCAGGCUAGAAGAGGCAAAAGGAUAUGAAUUAACCUGGCCUAGAUUGAAAGCACAGAUUAAAAAAUGGUAUGAAACAGAUUCCACUGUGAAGAAAACAAUUAAAAUGUACGACAGAAUUCAAGGGAGAUUAGAAUCGGCCUUUUCAUAUGUGUUAGAUAAACUAGAAUUAAUUAAUUCUUUAAAUCAUGAAUAUUCGGAGAUGGAAAAAAUAGAAUUAUUAAACAAUGGUUUGCAAAAGGAAGAAAGAAUGGCUAUUGCGAAUAAAACAUUCCAUAUCUUAGAUGACUAUACCAACGCCAUUAUAGAAUUAGACUCGAUAACAAAGAGAGAGCGCGAAAAAUACUACAAAAGUUUCAGUUUAGGUGAAUGUUCAAACAGGCCUAAUGGAGUUUCAAGGUCGCAUAAGCCUUACAGCCAUUUUUACAAAGGACAAUCGAGUCGUCAAAAUCGUGAACUAAUGGACCCUGAAAGAAAAUCUGUAUACAAUAAGCGUUCUAAAACCUUUAGGAGAACUAACAAUAGAAACAAUGACGUACAACCAGAACAUGCUAUAUCUCGAAAUCAGACAGUCUCAGAAGAAAGUUCUCACGAUAUUAUUUGCCAUAACUGCUGGAAUAGGGGUCAUUAUAAGAAAAGCUGUAAACAUCCAAAAUUUUAUGCAUUUGAAAAAAUGCGCCAACUCAUGGAUAAACUCGAAAAUCAAAAUGAGGAACAAAAAAACUAA